GCUUCUCUGAUAAUCUAGGACUCUAGGUAUGAUGUAAGCGCGGUGCUCUCCGUAUCAUUUUAUUGAAAUUAUUCAUAAUUCUGAUCAACUGGUCAAAAAUCGUAUAACAAUAUGUCGCUUAAGCAAAGUGGACAGCGGUUAUAUUAUAUGCCAAAAACAUCUCGAUGGAGUAAAGGAAUCGGCGCCGAAUUGCCAGAAGAAUUUAAAAAAUUCUGGAGAGAAUGGAAGCUCCAACGACCGGCUGCAGUUCAUUAUAUUGAGAAGAAAGGCACUUACGAGAGAAAUGAAGAAACUGAAGAAGUACGUCCAGUACAAAAUAUACCAAUACCUCUAACGUAUCCUAAAGAGAGUGAUAAUGGUAUAUGGGGUGGAGAAGCCAUUAUUCAAGGCUUUAAGAAAAAAGGCAUAUAUAAAAGAAGAGUGCCACAUUUUUGGAUCCCUCAUCUGCAGAAGUCGAUUGUCUAUAGUGAAGUUCUUGACACGUAUAUGAGAGUUGUUGUUACUGAGAGAGCAAUCAGAUUAAUUCACGAAAAUUACGGAUUUGAUCAUUAUUUAUUGAAGACACCAGCCUGCGAUCUGAGAUCUUUACUUGCUUUGAGACUGAAACGUCAGAUUCUUGUCGCACUAGCAGAUAAGACUUUAUAUCCUGAUGAUCCACAAAAGCGUACAGAGGUUUACACCAAGUACGAGCAAUAUCUUUCAGCGUAUACGAGAGAAGAAAUAGAAUGGUAUGGUUUAACGUACAAGGAAGCCUGUAAAAAGUGGAUCAAGUUAAACAAGACAGAACCACAGCCUUUGAAAAUCCAAUAUAGAUCAGAAUUAAUUGCUAAACUCAAAGAGAAUAAGAUUAAGGAAGCUGAAAACGUGGAUGUUGUAUUACCAAAGGAAACGAGUUGGUUAAACAAAUUAAACCCUUUCUCCAAGAGUUCGCCAAAGCGCGAAUAGGUAAAUUUCUGUUUGUUAGAUAUCAUGUGUGCGUGAGAAAUGUUUUAUACAUCAUUGAAUUAUUAAUUUUUGAAUAUUAUGAACUUUCUUUGGGACACAUAUUAUUUAACAAUU